ACGGUCACACUGUCAGUUUCAUGUUUUGGUCUAUUUUUUAUGUAAAUACUAGAAGAAUUACCAAAUAAAAUACACAUAAAUUGGACAAUUUGGCGCUAUUUAUUCAAAACAAAAACACUUGAUUAAAAAUACAACUUAGUUGUGACAAAACCUGUAACCCGCAACAAUGGAAACCCCAAUGGUAAGUCAACCAAAGAGACUAUCUGUUGGCAAAGUACGCAGGCUGUACCACCAAAAAUAUCGUGAAGAUUGGGAAAAAUUCCCAUCGUUUGCAUCUUGGUUAUGCCGAAGUGCAGACGGCUGUUCGGCGCACUGCAAAGUAUGCGAUGCCAAUGUUUUGGCACGACUGGCAUCCAUUAAGCAGCAUCACAACACAGCCAAGCACCAGAAGGCAAUCAAGAAUUACCCAUUUGGACAAAAGGACACAGUGAUCAAAUCGGAGCCUUUUUCAAGGGGCGGUGCAAAAGCGCAAAAGGUUGUUAGAAAUGGAAAACCAAAACCAAAAAUAAUAAAGCGUAUCAAGGCGGAAAAGGUGGAUCAAAUUUUGGAACCAAUGGACCCCGACACUUGCUCUAACGAUUCCCUACUGGAAGACUUAUUAGGCAGUGACGAUAUGGAGCCACAGUACUUGCACGAGAUGAACGAUGAAGAAGCUGAGACGGAUGAUAGGCAUGAACCGUAUCAGGAGUGUAAAUAUGAUGAUUAUCACGAUGACAAUACAACGGAAGAGAACAUCAUUAAUGAAUUCGAUCUAUUUGGCAAGAGUGUUUCACUUCAACUAAAUCACAUGGAGCUUGAGGAUGCGUUGCUUUGCCAGGAGCGCCUGCAAGUAGUAUUGACAGAAUUUCGACUUAAAAUUCUGAAACGUAAAGCUAAACGCAAUUUUUAAUUUGUAUUCUACCAUAAGUCUAUUAUCAAAUUGUAUGUUGGCAUAAUUAAUAGUGUGAAAUAAAUUUAUUUAUUCCGCUUCAAUUUCA